UCACCGCAUUCCCGUCCCAGCUCCUCCCGCCCGCACCGCAGUGACAGGCGAGCCGGGCCCGGUGGCGAAGAGGAAGUGCGGGCCCGCUGCGCCGAGCCAGUCCCCGCCGAGGUCGGCUCCCUGGGCACUCCGGUGACAGUGUCGCGACCGCCGGGCGCAGUGCGGAGCACGCGCCGGUCAGAGCCGAGCGCCAGGCGGACGCUCCGGGAGACACGCGGGGAAAAUGGCUGAUGACUUUGGCUUCUUCUCGUCGUCGGAGAGCGGGGCCCCCGAGGCUGCCGAGGAGGACCCGGCGGCUGCCUUCCUGGCCCAGCAGGAGAGUGAGAUCGCGGGCAUAGAGAAUGACGAGGGCUUCGGGGCACCUGCCGGCGGCCAGGCGGCCCUCGCGCAGCCUGGACCCGCGAGUGGGGCUGGUCCUGAGGACAUGGGGACCACGAUCAAUGGAGAUGUGUUUCAGGAAGCUAAUGGCCCAGCUGACGGCUAUGCUGCCAUUGCACAGGCCGACCGGCUGACGCAGGAACCCGAGAGCAUCCGCAAAUGGAGAGAGGAGCAGAGGAAACGGCUGCAGGAGCUGGAUGCUGCCUCCAAGGUGACAGAACAGGAGUGGCGGGAGAAGGCCAAGAAGGACCUGGAGGAGUGGAACCAGCGCCAGAGUGAACAAGUUGAAAAGAACAAGAUCAACAACCGCGCAUCCGAGGAGGCUUUUGUGAAAGAAUCCAAGGAGGACACCCCGGGCACAGAGUGGGAGAAGGUGGCCCAGCUGUGCGACUUCAACCCCAAGAGCAGCAAGCAGUGCAAAGACGUGUCCCGCCUGCGUUCGGUGCUCAUGUCCCUGAAGCAGACGCCGCUGUCCCGCUAGGUGCCUGCCACAAGCAUGGCCACAGAGAGUGGGUCGGGCAGAGGUGGAGCACCUGCUUUGGGCAGGAGGGAAAUGCCUCCAGCAGCUGCUCCUUCUCCACACAGCCUGCUCCAUUCGACCCUGUCUCCCAGGGCUGGGAGUGGGACCCGCACCCGUCUCACCUCCGUUCCCUCCUGGCCCUACGGCCCAGCACCUCACACCUCAGUCCACAAAAUUGUGACUGUCUUUCUGAUGUAUUUUUGUCCUUGGCUUAAAGGGUGUGUUGUUAACUCUUUUACACUUAUUUAUCAUCAUUCUCAUUUCUCUGGAA